AGAAAACUUUCCAGUACACUUUCACAGUUUAUAUUGCUGUUAUUGAUACUAAAGUGUGAAAAAAUGAGCGAAAAUAGCAAAAAAAGUGUGAUUAUCAUUGGAACUGGUUUGGUAGGUUCGCUAUGUGCCUGUUUUAUGGCAAAAAGAGGAUAUCAGGUCAACGUUUAUGAGAGAAGACAAGAUAUAAGAACUGGAAAGGAGGUAAGAGGAAAAUCAAUAAAUUUAGCUCUAUCCCAUCGGGGUAGAAACGCAUUAAGAGACGUUGAGUUGGAAGAAGAUAUCUUAAAAACUGCCAUACCACUUAAAGGAAGAUUUCUGCAUGGCAUUAAUGGGGGUUUGAAAUCUGUUAUAUAUGAUCCAAUCUUGAAAAAUUGUAUCUACUCCUUGGGUAGAAAUUACUUGAACAAAAAAUUAUUAGAAGCAACUAAUAAAUAUUCGAAUAUUAAACACCAUUUUGAGCAUAUGCUGACCAAAUGCGAUCUGUCCAAAGGAACUAUCACCUUUCUUAAUUUAAAAACUUGUGAGGAAAUUCAGGAAACAGCUGACUUAAUCAUUGGAGCAGAUGGAGCACAUAGUAAACUACGUCUUUAUAUGCAACAGAUGCCUCAAUUUCAGUACACACAAACAUAUAUAGAACAUGGUUAUUUGGAACUAUAUAUUCCUCCUGAAAAAAGUUGUAAGAUGCAACCAAAUCAUCUACAUAUAUGGCCAAGAUGUGAAUUUAUGAUGAUAGCUCUACCAAAUCAAGAUUCUUCCUGGACGGUUACUUUGUUUAUGCCAUUCAAAAUUUUCUAUCAACUAACAAAAAAAGAGGAGGUGAUACGUUUUUUUCAAGAUUAUUUUUCAGAUGCCGUAGAAUUGAUUGGAAAGGAGCAAAUUGUAGAUGUAUUUUUGAAUACACACCCUUCGCAAUUAAUAUCUGUUAAAUGUUCGCCGUAUCAUGCUGGAUCAAAAUUCUUAAUUAUUGGAGAUGCAGCACAUGCCAUGGUUCCAUUUUAUGGUCAAGGUAUGAACGCUGGAUUCGAAGAUUGUUUUCUAUUGAAUAAGUUACUCGAUAAGAACAAUGAUAACAUAGUAGUUACACUGGAUGAAUACACUCAAUUAAGAGUGAGAAAUGCUCAAGCUAUUUGUGAUUUGGCUAUGUAUAACUAUCUUGAAAUGAGAAAUUUGGUUAAUACUACUUCAUUUGCUUUGAGAAAAAUACUGGAUAAUCAACUGUUCAAACUAUUUCCAAAUUUGUGGAUUCCAUUAUAUAAUUCUGUCAGUUUUUCUACAAUGGAUUACCAGAGGUGUAUUGAAAACAGAAAAUGGCAGGACAAUGUAUUACGAACUGCUUUUAUUAUUACUGGAUUGUUCAUUAUAAUAUCCUUGUUGAUUUCCAGAUAUUAAAUUUUUUUGAAAAUAUAUUUACUCGAAAUAA